AUGCAUUCGAAAAAGUCGCUCGCCAGGGAGCUCGUCGUCCAGCACAUCCUUCAAGGCCAGCAUCUCAUUAUCUACAACCGUCAUGUUCUUCGCAUUCCAAAGUUCUGGCUCAAUGCCCAUCCCGGCGGUUCUCUUGCUCUCCUACAUUUUGUUGGCAGAGAUGCAACCUCAGAACUAGAGGCCUAUCAUUCUCAGCAGACCCUUCGGCUCGUCGAGAAAUAUUCAAUUGGCGUUCUUGCGGACGAAAAUCCUUGGGAACCUCUUUUGCCUCCGAUUGCUGCUGGUUGGAUUCGUGAGGACGGGAAAUGGCUUAGGCAAGCGGCUACUUUCCAUCCAGAGCCUUCGCAAGUAUUUUUGAUAGCACAGAACUCUCCUGCGCUCCAGCAGUCGGCUCCUACGCAAUACGAUAUAACCCCCCCACCCUCGACUCUCUCUUUGCAAGUGCAACACCAGCAUGCCGCCGCCUAUAAACGACUCCAUAAACGUGUCACUGAUGCCGGCCUCUACAGUACACCAUACCUAACCGGUUAUGGUCCGGAAUUCAUUCGUUACGUCGGUCUUGGGGCAUUGUCAUUCAUUGCCUACAAAUAUGGCUGGCUCAUCACAAGUGCCUUCGUACUAGGUCUCCUAUGGCAUCAACUCAUGUUUUUCGCGCACGAUCUUGGUCAUAUGGGUGUAACACACAGCUGGGUAUUGGACAGACUCAUAUCUAUUGUGGUUGCCGAUUUCAUUGGCGGUGUUAGCAUCGGCUGGUGGGUCAGUAACCACAAUAUUCAUCAUCUCGUCACGAAUCACCCUUCGCACGACCCUGACAUUGAACAUCUACCAUUUUUCGCAAUUUCUCCUCAGUUCCUUUCCAACCUAUUUUCCAGCUACUAUGGGCGAAUCUUACCCUUCGACGCGGCUUCCCGGUUAUUCGUUUCCUUGCAGCACAAAUUGUUUUACAUCGUGAUGCUCUUCGCGAGGUUCAACCUUUACCGGCUUUCAUAUGAACACCUGUUCAAAAAAGCAUUUGAUACCAGGCGUUCUAGAGGUGGGCUCUGGGCCCACCCUCUAGAACUGGUUGGUGUCACUUUUUUCUGGUACUGGUUUGGUUGGAUCGUCCUGAGGGGUUGUGGUUCAUGGCAAAAGGCAUUACUCUAUGUGAUUGUCAGUCACGUCACAACCAGCCCUUUGCAUGUUCAGAUUGUGUUAUCGCACUUCUCCAUGUCCACGACCGACCUGGGCCCUACGGAGUCCUUCCCAGAUCGACAACUGAGGACCACAAGCGAUGUCAUCUGCUCCGAGGCUAUCGAGUUCAUACAUGGAGGUCUGCACUUGCAAGUCACUCAUCACCUCUUCCCGCGACUACCUCGUCAUAACCUCCGGAAGGCAAGUGAAAUGGUGAAGGAGUUUGCCAAAGAGGAAGGGCUGGUAUACGCUGAGUUUGGGUUUGUGAAAGGCAACAAAGAUGUGCUUGGCGUUUUAAGGCAAGUUGCGGAUCAAGUCAAGUUAGUAGCGAACGCUGCGUCGGUCGAAGCCAGAGAGGUAGUAAACAAAAAGUUGGCUCAGUCAACGCCAAAAGAUAAUGUUUUACAGGGAGCGGGGAUCGUAGAGUUACGAUAAUUCUAUGUUGCAACGGCUAUCCUUCUAGAAUAAUUAUCACCCGACAUCACCCCACA